AUGGGAGACGGAGAGAUCUCCAACGGCCAAGUCAUUGCUUCUUCGCAACUGGAUGCCGAGCAUGCAGCCAUCAACGGCAGACUAAACGCUAUAAGACCAUCAAAUAAAGUAGGAUCGUGGUCACCUUAUACCAAUAAUGUUAAGCAGUGGUUGCAGAUAGAUCGGGGCAGUCAAGAGCGCACCCUUGUAGCAAAGAUUGCUACUCAAGGAGACAAUGCUAACAGCACGUGGGUAUCACAAUACACAUUACAGUACAGCGACAACGGAGAUAAGUUCAAUGUUUACAAAGAGCUAGGACAAGGCAAAGAUAAGGUGAGACGCCUCUUCUUCGCCAAAGUGAAAAAAAGCAGUUUAGCAUUUCUCCACCAACCUUUAAAUACGUAUAUAUUUUGCUCGUGUGCACUUUUGUUCAGAGUAAAAAUAUGUCUGGCAACCUGCUUCCUUUGAGGAAUGCAGCAAGAAACGAAUUUAUUAACAGAAUGUAACACAUGUGAGUCCUACCUGGAUUUUUCAGGUGUUCGAUGGCAACACAGACUCGGAUACCAUUGUUUCUCAUAAACUAAAUCCACGCAUAAGAGCAAGGUACAUCCGUUUCCUACCAACCGCUUGGCAUAAACACAUCUCUAUGAGGGUGGAACUCUAUGGAUGUAAAGGUAAUUAACGAACAGAUGGCUUUUAAUUUAAAACAUUUCCUAAUUAACUUUAAAUCUAAGGCUUACAUGUAUGAAGCGGACGCCCCUCCACAACCUCCCCAAAGCAGUUUACUUUUAGCUUAGAUACAUUUUGACGAAACUUGGAGACACACGGUUGCCUAUUUUGGUUACGUCAUAUGAAACUAUUGAAGGAGAGAGUUCAAUCAAUUUCCGAACAGUUUUCAUAGCUUUGCCCUGAAAUAUUUUAUUUAAAAAAAAACAGAAAUUAUAACAUGAUACAUGAUAAAUUACCAAAAGAAGGACGAACGAACGACUGUACAGAACACAGAAGACAUUUCCCGCUAACAUAGGAGGAAUUAAGUUAAUUUUGUGAACCAAUUUAACAAAAUAAUAACUCUUUCAUGAGUCAAUCUGACAAAUGAUCUUUCCUUAGGGACACCAAAUUUUGGCCACUGGCUCCUAGAUGAUUCAGACACAGAUUGCAAUCUAUUUCCGAACAGUUUUUUACAGUUUUACCCUGAAUAUGGAUAAAAUAGUAACAAAAGAAUACAAGUGACAAAUUAUAACAUGAUAAAUGAUAAAUUACCAAAAAAGGAUUCACGAUAAGGCGACUGUACAGAAGAAAUUUCCCUUUAACAUUAGAAGAAUUCAGUUAAUUUUGUGAUCCAAUUUAUAAAAAUAAAAUCUUUCAUGAGUCAAUCUGACAAAUAACAUUUCCUUAGGGACAGCAAAUUUUGGCCACUGGUUUCUAGAUGGUUCUGAUUCAGAUGUAAGGUUAGUAUAACAUAUAAAUACGUCAUCAUCAUCAUCAUCAUCAUAAUAAUAAUAUUCAUGGUCAUCAUCAUCGUUAUCGUACGUCAACGCCUUUCGUCAUGGAAAUUUUAUCAUAAUGUUCUCCAUGCAUUUGAUAAAUAUUCACAAGUCACGCAUCAAGGGAGAGUCCCUUCAUCAUUUGUCGUAGUUUUCAAAAACUUUGAAAGAUCUCUUGUGCUAUGCUCCUUCUAAGGUUAUAUUUCAUAUUUAUUUUAACAAUCAUUGCUCUAAUUUUCAUUUCGUAGUUUUUUUGGUGCGGUCAACUACACUGAAGGUUGGUGCCUUGGAAGUAAAGCGGCGCAUUUCAGUCAAAAAGGCUCCUUUGUCACCGUGCCCAAAAUGAACAUUACAAACUGCGACUUUACAAUUGCUUUUUGGGUUAAAACCGAUGGUAUUGAGGGACCUUUAAUGGCGAUUUGGUCUGUGAGUGGAAAACUAUUUUACGCGGCAAUAAAGAAUUCCAGUGUCAUCUUGUCGAUACAUAACACUAUAGCAAAAGCAAACUUCGCAAUCAGUGACUGGAAUCAUGUUGCCAUAACCUGCGAGGAGUCUAAGAUCAAGGUGUUUGUAAAUGGAACAGAAAUUUUAACGAAGGAACAAUGGAACGAGUUCUUCUUCUUAACGUCAGACCAUCUUGAGACGGAAAAUGUGAUAGGAAAUCAUCCAGUCCUGUUCAAGUUGCCAUUGGUAAAUAAACCUUUUGUUGGGGCACUGAUGGACCUUCAUGUAAUCGAAACUGCCUUGUCUGCAAAUCAGAUUUCUGACUUGAACAAAGGUAAUCUGUUGUCAUUAGGGAGUUUAACCAAAUGAGUUUUUGAGUGGCGCACGUCGACCGGAAGUGAGCCGUUUUCGCUCUUUAUACAUCUUGACGCUGCCAAAAUUGUAAUGCCUUGUUGUCUUGCUCUUAUAAGGGACUUGACGAUCGGACGACGCGACGGCAGCCAAAACGUUGCUCCGCUAGGGCGCAAAUGAUGCUACUCGUGCUACAAAUAAACUAUAUGCCCCCCAAAAGUCAUGUGAUUGUCGUAGUGAUCUAAAAAUGCAUACAGGUUACGCUGAAAAAACGGAAGUAAUUUUGAGGUGGUCAAGAACUUGAGCGUCUUGUUAGACGAGAUGUCUAAACGGGGCUGAUUAAAGCAGCUGGAGUGACAGCCCUACAGUCGCGAAAGAAUCCCCAUAUUUUGGUGCUCCAACUUAAUUGAUCAGAAACAAAAGAAUUAAACCGAAUCCCUUGUAUAGCCUACACACAAGUAAAUAACUAACUGAUGACGAUAUAUUUUUGUGAACCUAAGGCACGCCGAAAACUCCGGUUAUUAACAAAAAGAAAAGCAAGAUAAAUGGUUGCACAGUAAACCUCACAUGGAAUCGUGACGUGUGCGCCACUACGAAGAACACCAUACGCUUUAGGGUGAUAAAUCCACAGGGCUACAGAGCAGAACGCCGGGUACAAGAGCAUACUUCAGCGAAAUUAUAUCAUUUAUUGACACUUGACUGCGACAAAAUCUAUCAGAUUGAAGUGUCUUCGUGGAUUGGAGAACGUCAAAGUGACUGGUCUACUCCUUGGCAAGUUCAAACUAACUCACCCAAGAUAAAGCAGGAAACACAACACGUCUACUGUAAGUACCGCAAGGGAACAAAAUAUAGAUUGCCUUAACCCAAGCCGCGCUGGCGUUCCUCCUAAGCAGACUUUCUUAGGGCCUCGUCACGCGUCGUUGCGUGAUAAUAAGUCAAAACGCCGUCUGCGCGAAACGCUACUUCCCCCAGGACCAGUGAGGCUUUAUAAUUCGUUCAGAACCGUAAGUUCACGGAUGAUGCCAUUAGAUUAGAAACAAACCAGAAAAUGCCGGCUGCCAAAAAAAAAACUCCUUGAUGUACUUAUGAUUCAUCUCUCUAUUAUUUUGAACGGGGUAAAUGGAACAGCAAGUCAUUGCCACAAUAAUGACCGUCGAUCAAGUCACGUUCAAGGAACGAGAACAUUUUCUACCUUACCCUACAGGCAUUAUUUUUCAGACGAUGCCUAACUAACUAGACAUUAUCCUAUUCAUAAUACCCGUCAGUUUUUUUUAAUAUAAAACAAACUCCCGCAACCGAGACAAUAACACCUAUCCUCUUAUGGAUGACGUACAUGUAAAUUGCAUGCAUUCCAUAUCUUUCUACAUUAAUUUAUUUCUGUCUUUCCAGCUAACGAUGACGCUACAAAAAUUUUGGGAAUAGUUCUUGGAAUCACCGUUACUCUUGCGGCAGCAAUUCUCGUACGGAUCUACCGAAGGAGGCAAAAAAGGGAAGAACGGUAUGCUUAAAUGACACUGAAAAGUCAAGAGGGUUUAAGGCAUGGUUUACUGACACUGACACGCGCAUGUUUAAAAGUUGGAAACAUAAUGUUUUUGCUGACAUUUGUUUGCCUGGUGUACACGACGGAGGAUCAAAAACAAAAUCCGACAAGUUCACCAUUUUUUCGUUAAAAACCGGGCAGACAAACCGUUAGUUCUGGCCUUUAAAUUAUACAUUACAAUAUGUGCUACAGGCCGUAGGAAACAUAAUGUUUUUUUCAACAAAAGCUCACAGUGUCUAGUGUGAAGAUUGUUAGAGAGCCCCGGUCUGCUGAGUGCAAUUUCACAGUGUCAAUCCUGAAUCCUGAUUCAUGGUGCUUUUAGGUAGCAAAUCGUCUAGUGAGAGCCGGAAAUGUGCGCUUUAAAGUCGCCGAUGACACAGGUAAUGUUAAAUACAUCCGUAAUGGCGAUUACGGACAAAAGUGACCCCCUCACAAAUUUUUGUUUGGGGGGAAGGGGCUACGGACCUCCCUGCUCCGCCGCCUAAGCAGUAGGAAAAACCGUUCUUCCUAUGCAAUUUCUUCAUAGUUCGAUUCUGUACAAAACGAAAUUGUUAACUAAUAUUGGAUAAUUCUUAUUUAGAUCCAAGAAAGAAAUUGUUCAUUUUAUGUCACUGGAAGUCCCACACGAGCGAGUAACCAUCAUGGGGGAACUUGGUCGAGGGGCUUUUGGCAAGGUUCAUAAAGGUGUGAUGAAGGAGCUGACAAACGCAAAUAUAUAUUCCGAUACCAGUGAAGGAAAUCCAAAUGUACGUUCCAAGGACAGCCUACGAACACUGAAAGACAAUGAAGGACGAAUUGUUGCUGUUAAAGUCCUUCUUGGUGAGCUACUAAGCCAUUUUCGAUGAAUACAAAUCAUGUUCGACCAGCACGUUGUUAACGUAAAUAAAGUUUGUGUAACUUUAGUAUAGUCGAAGUUCACUUCCAUGUGGGAUCAAGGCCUCUACUUCCGACAAUGCAAUGAAAAAUAGCUUAACUUACAUGUAACAGACAUCUUGUUGAUGCUGAGGCUAAAGUCAAACCUCCAUAAUCGGCCACCUCUCUACAACGGUCACUAUUUUCUGUCUCUAGGGACAGUCUACACAAUGACUCUUGUUUAAACGUCUCUUCAACGGCAACAGCCACUAACGCAAGACCCCAACUGCCAAAAUAUCCUGUGAACAACGGCCAUUUUUUCCGCCGACUGAUGAAAACGUGAAUGAUCAUGGACCUUGAUCCGUAUGGCGCGUUGAUGAUGAAUCGCGGCAAUCCUAUUUUGAUUGUGUUCCAUUUAUACUGCUGCAGCAAGCAUAAAUUGUCUACGAUACGUCUAGCCAAUGCUGCGAACUUUGCUCGUUUUGUCACGCUAACAUUUUGAUUCAAAACAUGAUGCCCUUCAUCAUCACUUUCUUUGAACGGCUAAGCAGUUCACAAACUCUCUCGACAUUGUUUUUCUUGACUGAUUUUAACUGAUAUCCUUUUGUUCAUUAACUCCCGUUUUUGUUUAGAAAAUGCUGGAGAGGAGGAAAAACGACAGUUUCUUCAGGAAAUUGACCUCAUGAAGGACGUUGGAUCACAUCGAAAUAUUCUUAGCAUACUCGGUUUUUGGAUUCGGUCAGAGCCCAUUAUGUUGAUCAUGGAGUAUGUUCCUCACGGAGAUCUUCUGCAGUGGCUUAGAAACAAAAGACAGCAAAUAAAGCAUGUUACUGUAUGUAUCGAUUUUUUGCCAUUUUCUCCCUAAUAACAAAAUUUAUAUCAGCUUAUUUGUUGUCCCGUUACAUUUUCGAUAAAUGUAUAGCCUGGAGCAUUUCUCAAAAUAUAAAGUAAAUUCAAAUUUUUUGAACAUGUCUUCCAUUCCUGUUAACUAAUUUAUGAAACAUUGAUAAUGCAACCAGAAAUAUGAUAACGACUCUUUGGGUUAAAAAAUGAUAAAUACAAGGGAGAGUAGAUACUCGGGCGAAAGGGGCGGAUGUAUAUGCCGUACUCAAAGGUUAUCCUCUAAUUUGUUUUAACCUGAAUUUUCCGUAAAAUUCAUGGUGACAGCAAAGAUGAUGGCCAUUUUAAAUGAAGCCACUAGCUGCAACGCUAUUUCCCACAACAUUUCUUUCAGCUUGCAGAGCUUGUCGCAGUCUAUAAUAAAAAUUUUUUUUAUCUCUAAAACAUCAAAGGAGAGCCAAAUCCACUUGGGAGAAAGAAACACUGCUUUAGUUGUAACACGGGAAAUGUAUGAAUUUGCUUUUACAUUCUAUAUCCAAAGGUUGACAUCGUUUUCUUGAAAACCGGUAAUUUAUUUGACCUGAACCAGAAAAUCCUAUUUCUAAAGAAAGAAAUAUCUAUAAUAAGGUGAGGCGAUGUCGUAUGGUUAUUACGCUUUCAUCUGUGUAGAAAAUGACCUUUUAGCUCUGGUAAAAUUGCCUCACCAGUCUAUACUAUAUAGAAUGUUAAUUUGUGGACCUAAAUCAUGUUUUAACUACUUGCAGCUUACAAAGAAGAAUAAUGACCAGACCGAUAUCUUAGAAAGUCAGAAGAAAAACACGGAUGGUCGAGAGAUAAAAGAAGGAAAGGUCAAAAAUGAAAAACAAGAGGAAAAUGGCUCCAAACAACUGCAAGAACUAGAAAAUCUGAACAAAUCCAAGGAAACAGAUGUUGACACCAAUGUUGAGCGCCUACUUGAAAUACGACCUCAGGGUUCAACUUGGGAAAAAGAAGAACCAACAUCGCUGGGGCAGAGCUCGAGAAAUCUCCCAGAAGUUGCUACAAACCUUGUUAUGGUAGGAGACGAAGGACCCACUCAUCAGCUCGCGAACUAUGACGAACUGAAGGGAAGCGAUGGAAUAACCUUGACUAUAGAAACAGAGGAUAGGAACAGCGAUGCUAAUGGAAAGCAAAAGGAAAUAGAAAGUUCGGAAAACGAGAAAAGCACGUCCAAAGGUGAUGUCAUGAACGUAUACGUAUCAUCUCCAGAAACCAAACCUGGUAAAGAAGAAAACGAACAGAGGGUACAGUCAUUACCACCGACCUUUAAAGACGACCAGUUUCCUGGAUCCCUUGAAAGGACCACAGCGAGGGCCUCUAGAGAGCAAGACGAAGGCACUUGUGACAUCGACAAUAAAGAUCACGUUUUUUCUGCAGAUGAUAUGAUGAGUUUUGCGUGGCAAAUUGCUAAGGGAAUGGUAGGUUAAGUCUUUUGCCUCUGAAACUAUCGCACGUUUACUACAUCCUUACACCAUACGCGUUGCCCACAAACCGAUAACCACUUUACGACGACUAAUUACUAACGUCAAGGACAAAGACAAACUGGAGGACAGACAGGGAGCAGUUUUUCGAGAUAAAAAGCUACAACUGCCAGGCUACUUACUUUGAUAAGACCGGCAGAGACCUAACCACGCGACCGACUGAGCACAAACGAGCGACAAGAGACGGUGAUGUCAACAAUCAUAUUGCUGAACACCAUUUACAGACGAAACAUCAAAUCGACUUGUAUUACGUACUCUACAUAUUAGUAUCAACGACUCUCUUUAGAAGGCUGCUUUCCAAACUUAGAGAAAACCGCACUGAAUCGUAGUCAACAGUUACCGGCACCAUACAAACGACUUAUUGAUGGACUCAAGCAAACCUAGGUACAAGAGAACGACUGGACAACCGACAAUAAACGACUAUUAAAUUGUGAUAAUAGACGGAUCGAAACGCAUCAUAGUCUUCACAGAGGAUUCAUAGCCAAUAAAAAUACGGCUUAAUUGGCAAACAACUGAUAACAUCGAGACUUAAUUGACCAAACAGGUCAAUAAUCAGAGCUUAAUACCAUCAACUGACAUGACACAACCCACUUUGACUCUGAAAAUGACUGCACCCCUGUACAGGUUGUCGAAACGUCAGUCACUGUCAAAAACAGUCCUAUUCAGGACUUCGUUCACCCGAACGAUCAAGCUCAACCAACUUAUGAAAUGACCACUGGGUUCAAACCUUUCACAGCUAAAAUAAACUGUUGCCCACAAAAAAGGGUUAAAACUACUCGCCCAAAUAAUGGCUUCACCUCAUUACGUUUUGUCAGAAGUGGUAACUAUUAACAGUAACUGGCAAAAUCUGUCUAAGAAGAAAAUAAACAGCUACAAACGAAAAAAGGGAUCAGGCAAAGGGCUAACAAGUAGAUAGAAAAGACUAAGUUUUAAAUCAUCAUUUUACCAGGAUUACUUGGCCAGUAAAGGAUUUGUUCAUCGCGAUCUGGCAGCCCGUAACAUCUUACUUGGUGAAAACAAAGCGGUGAAGAUUUCUGAUUUUGGUAUGCUACGCCGCACAGGUGAAAGUGAGAUAUACGAGGUGGCAACCGUUAAGAAACUGCCUAUAAAAUGGACAUCACCUGAUUCACUGGAGACCGGAAUUUUUACUUCCAAGAGUGAUGUGUAAGUUAAAAUUAAACUUUGCAAUGUUUCUUAGGGCUAAUUUCACCUACAAGACAGGUAUAAGCACGAGCCACAUACCAAGAUUUAAACAGAGAAACCUGGCUACUACUGAGUGAAUUCUUUCCUACGGGUUGUUCACCAGAUGUAGUUUUUGGACAUUUUCCAUAACAAAGGCUCCUCUAAUAGAUGUUCCAAAGCAUUAAUGGCUAACACAUACCACUACCAGUUACCAUCCCUUUGUUUAAAGGCAGGGGACUGGGUUCGAAUUUCCUCUCACCAAAAGAACAUUGACAUACGUCCUAGCUUCGGAUUUUAGAGCCUCCGUUUAAACCCUUCCUUCCCAGUUAGACAAUGGGCCAACUGCACGAUGGCAUCAUUUUACUACUACUACCAGAAUCCUUAAGUGUUUUGCGUUCUUGUGCAAAUUAGGACUUUUGUUUUUUAACCUCACAGAGGUUACCAAAUGUAAAUAUCAAAGAAAAACGAAACGAAUUCUGGUCUUAGUAGCACAAAGACGUCAUCGUGCAAAUGGCCUAGCUAUUUAUUGUAUUUCUCUCCCCCACCCCCCCUCCCCAAGACUGUCAUUUAAGGGGCCACCCUCCACUGAGUAAAACUCUGUGUCACUGCAUGCUUCGCUAAUAACCUCGUGAUGAAUGGAAUCACAGCAUGUGGUCAGCAGGCUGUUAUUUUGUUCUUACCAAGGAUACCCUUCUGAAAUGUUAGCAUGCAAUAAAACUAUUGACCUUUCCUGCUACGUUUAGAGAAAAAAAAAUACAAUUAUUGAUGUAAGGAUUCGCGGACAAUCAAGAGUAAUUUCUCUCUUCCUCUUAUCAGAACUUUUUAAUUUAUAAUUGUUAAGUUGUUUCACCGAUUAUUUGUUUUCAUCAUACUGUACCUUGUUCCUUAGAUGGUCCUUUGGAGUUGUUUUGUGGGAAAUGGCUACCAUGGGUGAGAUAUAUUAAAUGCUUUGACUGAUGUUAGAACUAGAAUGACUGUCCAUUGCAUUUGUUUGUUUGUUUGACUAAUAAAUUCUAACGAAGUAAUUUCGUAUCCAGAUCUCUUGUCGAGGAAGCCGAAUGCGAGAUCUGGUCGAAUCCGUGCGUUACGUGAUCGCCGGUCAGGCGCACUCCCCCACAAUCUUAACAGUAUGAGUAACCAAUGAAAUAUGUUGAUUUAUGAUGAGGUCCAGAUAUAACGCGCACUCUGUUUGGUAGCAAAUGUGUGCUUUAUGAGAGUAUAAAACACGCAGCUAAAGUGUCGCACCACCUUGCGAAAGUUUGUUUUGAAAAUUAAAAAGUGAUGCAUGGGGAAUUUAACGGAUUCUUUAUCAUGAAACAAAUAAAGAAGCCUUGACACUGUGCUCUGUUUUUUUGUAAAGCACGCAGCAAACGGCAAGAACACUUAAGAAGUAGGGAGAAAAACUCUCUUGUGCUUUAGCUACUUCCGGCGUGCUUUACAACACAACAGAGUACAGUCGAAGCUUUUAUAUUUUAAACUCUUUUCAGUUGACCUUAUCUCGUCUUCGGCUUCGUCGACCAGAGAUCUGGGUACACGAUAACUACCAACGUGGUGAGUCAAUCUGUCACGUGCUAAAAUAAGUAACAGUUCUUGACAGACGUAAUGUUAGCUUAAAAGUUCUUUGAACCUUCCACAAUAAUACCUAAAUUGAACAUUUUAGGGGGGACUCCUUAUCCCAGAAUCAGCCAUGCCCAGUUGUACAAUCUCCUUAAGAAAGGGUAUCGCAUGGAACAACCAAACACUUGCGGUGAUGAAAUGUAAGUAAACGUAUUGUAAAUGACUAGCAAUUAAUACUUGUACCAAACAAGAAACAUAAUUAACAUCUUUUAAAAACAACAUCGUUACGCUAUAGGCAUGAUCAUCUUUAAAAAGUUCUUAACAAAGCCGCGUUCUCGACUACUUCUUUCACUUCAUCGGUAAAACGCCAGGGGUAAAGUACAAUACACUUCGAUUGACCUUAUCUUUAGGAAGGUAACAAGUGACAAUUAAAAAAAACAAUCAUGACUUUUUAGCAGGUACUCAUGCGACUUGAUUGCGACAAAAAUCAAUGCAAAUGGCGAAUAUAGUGCCAACGCAAGUAGAUCGAUAAAAAAAGAACCAGGCUUAACUCUCCACCAGACGAAGUAGAAUCAUACCCCAAUUUCAUUCACGUUUCUUUGACGUCAUGAACGUUAAGAACUACCUCCUAAUGUUCCGCUUUAAAACGGAUAAUUUCAUCCCUGCUUUACUACUCACAAGGGAAAUUUCGUUUUGCUGAAGUAAAAACCAAAUCUUAGGUAAUCUCGCUCGGCAAAACAUGGCAAUGUAAAUAGCUUGAACCCAGUAUUUCGUCUCGUAACUAGGUGAAAUGUGAUCAUUCAGGUGAUUGUACUUAUUGAAAAGAUUGUUGUUAACAGUGAUUACCUAUAUGACAACAACGAUCAUCAGAGUUCAAAGUGGGUUGCGUGUUGUAGCUUGACGACAAUUUUGGCCAUCGUCAUAAUUGGGUAACUUGAACAAAGCAUAAUCCAUAAUAUUUUUUUCUCUACAGAUACAAGUUAAUGCUGGACUGCUGGAGGGAUGAUCCGAAUGAACGACCCUCAUUCACCGAAAUGAUACCAACCCUUGAACAAAUGAUGACAGCUGAUACCCCAUAUUAUGAUUUUACACUGUUAGAUGAGAGCCAGGAAUGUUACAAUGAUCAAUGCCCCAGCACCAGUGAAACUGUGGACACUCUCUUGUGA